AUGCGAUUGUUCACGCAUGGUGCUUCUAGCUCGAGAACCGCAACCAAAACAGCGACUGAUCGUCUCUUACAAAAAUCCGCUUUAUCCGUUUCCCAGCGCUAUCAAUUGAAGAAUCCUCCUCCUCCUUCUUCUGUUACCACUACUAUAUCCACAUCCUCUGUUUUUAAGAGAUCUGUUCAUUGCUCUUCUGUCGCAAUGGCUGGUGUUAGUAAAGCUUGCUGCUCUAUUCCGCCCGUUAUUUCAAAGGGAUAUGAAGCCAAGGGCGAAUAUAAGACCAUUGGAGGAUUGAAGACUUAUGUCACUGGUCCCGCCGACGCUACCCGUGCCAUUUUGGUCAUCUACGAUAUCUUCGGCUUCUUCCCCCAAACCAUCCAAGGCGCCGACAUCCUCGCCACUUCCGACAAGGACCACAAAUACCGCGUCUACAUCCCCGACUUCUUCGAAGGCGAACCCGCCGACAUCUCCUGGUACCCACCUACUACCGAUGAACACAAGCAAAAACUAGGCAAUUUCUUCCAGACCAAAGCCGGCCCUCCAGCUCAUAUCGCCAAGAUCCCGGGCAUUCUGGCAGAUGCUAACAAGGAAGCCAGCAGCGGCAGCGGUUUCUCGUCUUGGGGUAUCCUAGGAUAUUGCUGGGGAGCUAAAGUCGCCAACCUCACCUUGGGCAAGGACACUGCUUUCAAGGCUGGCGCACAGAUUCAUCCGGCCAUGUUGGACCCCGAGGAUGCGAAAAAUGUGUCUGUGCCUAUCGCUUUGUUGGCGUCAAAGGACGAGGAUCCUGCCGCCGUCAAGGGUUAUGAGGCGAACUUGAAGGUUGCCAACCUCGUCGAGACUUAUCAUACCCAGAUUCACGGAUGGAUGGCUGCUAGGGCUAACUUGGAGGAUCCGGAGGUUAAGAAGGAAUACGAACGGGGUUACCGUGCUGUGUUGGACUUUUUCCACCAGCAUUUGUGA